UGACCUUGGCGAGCAGCCGGCCCUGCGCAGCGCCGGGAGCCGGGGCAGGGCCGGGCCGAGCUCCCGGUGUCGCCCCCUGCGCGGAGCCGCACCGGCGGUACCGGAGGAGGUACCGGAGGAGGUACCGGAGGAGGUACCGGAGGAGGUACCGGAGGAGGUACCGGCGGCACCCGCGCGCUCCCGCGGGCCGGCACCGGGCACACGAUGCGUCCCCAAAUCCCCUGGGCCGCUGGCCCCGCCGCGCUGCUGCUCCUCGGAGCCCUGCUCGCCCCCGAGGCGCUGCCCACCAGGAAGAAGGUGGUUCAUGUCAUGGAGGGUGACAGCGGUACCGUGGUGGUCCAAACGGCCCCGGGCAAGGUGGUGACGCACCGGGGCGGAACCAUCAUCCUCCCCUGCCGGUACCACUACGAUGUGACCGCGCACGAGCCGGCCCAGAUCCGCCUGAAAUGGACCAAAGUCACCGAACCCAUGAGCUUCGAGGACGUGUUCGUGGCCCUGGGCACGGCCCGGAGGGCGUUCGGUCCCUACCGGGGCCGCACGGCGCUGCAGGAGGACGGGGCGGGGGACGCGAGCCUCAUCAUCCGCAAUGUCACCCUGCAGGACCACGGGCGCUACGAGUGCGAGGUGACCAACGAGCUGGAGGAUGACACCGGCGUGGUCAAACUGGACCUGGAAGGGGUGAUUUUCCCGUACCACCCUCGCCUGGGCCGCUACACCCUGAACUUCCACGAGGCUCAGCGGGCGUGCGAGGAGCAGGACGGGAUCCUGGCGUCCCACGAUCAGCUGCACCAGGCCUGGCUGGAGGGGCUGGACUGGUGCAACGCGGGCUGGCUGGAGGACGGCUCGGUGCAGUACCCGAUCUCCCGGCCCCGUGAGCACUGCGGCCGCAAGGACACCCCCGGCGGGGUCCGCAACUACGGCUACCGGCACAAGGAGAGCGAGCGCUACGACGCCUUCUGCUUCACCUCCAAUCUCAAUGGCAAAGUUUACUUCCUGAAAACCUUCCGCAAGCUCAGCUACCCUGAGGCCGUCCAGGCGUGCAAGAACAACGGCGCGGCGGUGGCCAAGGUGGGCCAGCUGUACGCGGCCUGGAAGAUCCAGCUGCUGGACCGCUGCGAGGCCGGCUGGCUGGAGGACGGCAGCAUCCGCUACCCCAUCGUCAACCCCCGAGCCCGCUGCGGCGGCCGCGAGCCCGGCGUGCGCAACCUCGGCUUCCCCGACAAGAAGUACAAGCUCUUCGGGGUGUACUGCUUCAAAAAAGCCGGGGAGGUUCCUCCGGGGGAGCCCGCGGGGCGCCCCGAACGCGUGUGAGGCUUGGGAGAGGUCGGCAGCACCCCCCGGGAUCGCUCGGGGAUCGCUCCCCUCCUCAGCCCGAGCGGUGCGGGGGAGCUGCGGGCAGCUCGGGAUGGAGAGAGAGCCAGCGGUGCCGCUCGGGGACACUGAGGCAGCGGGAGGGGUUUGGGGAGCCCGGCCGGUUGCGGGGCCGGCUCCCCGCUCCCCGCAGCUCUCGCUUCUCCACGCGCCUGUUUGCAUGCGCUAAAGAGCCGCAGAGCCCCCGCCCUCCUCAUCCUCACCGGGAGGUGCCGCAGGUCCCCCCUCCCCGCCCCAAAAAAUCCCCCCCGAGGCGCUGGGCGAGGUUUGGGGGGCGGCGGGGUGGGCUCGGAGCCUCGGCAGCUCCGCCGGGGCAGCUCCUGCGCGCUUGGCUUGGCCGGG